CUGGGCCGGGCCGCCCCCAGCGCCAAGGGCCGCGGGGACACACCCCGGCCGCGCUCCCUUCCCUCACAGGCUGCGCCCCGCGGCUGCCUCCCCGCCGCUGACAGGACGGCGGCCACCGCCUCCCUCCUCGCCCUGUCAGCCCUCACUGACGGCCGGCGGAGGCGGCUUGUUAAGCCGGGGUUCGGCUCCGCCGCGGCCUCUCCACCUCGCAGGGCCCAGGAUGCGGGGCCUGGUGGCGGCCGCUCUCCUGCUGCUGCUGAGCGGCGCCGGUGCGGGCGCCUUCGCCGGCGGGAGGAGGAAUGUGGACCCCGAAACGAACAUGAACAUCAGUCAAAUUAUUACCUUCAGGGGAUACCCGAGUGAGGAGUACGAGGUGACGACAGAGGACGGGUAUAUCCUUUCCGUGAACAGAAUUCCUUACGGAAGAAGAGGCCCUGGGAGGAGCAAAGGCCCGAGGCCUGCCGUGUUCCUGCAGCACGGUUUGCUCGCCGAUGCCAGCAACUGGAUCACAAACCUGGAUUACAACAGCCUGGGCUUCAUGCUGGCGGACGCCGGCUACGACGUGUGGCUGGGCAACAGCAGAGGGAACACCUGGUCCAGGAAACACACCCAUUUCACCGUGAAGCAAGAAGAAUUCUGGCUUUUCAGCUUUGAUGAAAUGGCCAAGUACGACAUUCCAGCCUCGGUGGACUUUAUUUUGAAGAAGACAGGCCAGGAACAAGUAUAUUACAUUGGCCACUCACAGGGCACCACAAUGGCUUUCGUUGCUUUUUCAACUUUGCCACAGCUGGCUAAGAAAAUCAAAAUGUUCUUUGCCUUGGCACCAGUAGCUACAGUCAAGUUUGCCACCAGCCCUCUUGUAAAACUGGGAGUGUUUCCUGACCUGCUACUCAAGGACAUGUUUGGGAAGAAACAAUUCCUCCCUCAGAAUUACUUGCUGAAGUGGCUUGCGACCCACGUUUGCACCCACAGAAUACUUGAUGACCUUUGUGGCAACAUAUUCUUUCUUCUCUGUGGCUUUAAUGAGAGAAACUUGAAUAUGAGCCGAGUGGACGUGUAUUCAACACACUGCCCCGCGGGGACUUCUGUACAAAACAUGAUCCACUGGAGCCAGGCUGUGAAGACUGGGGAACUCAAAGCUUAUGACUGGGGAAGCAAGGCUGCGAAUAUGGCUCACUACAACCAGUCCACUCCCCCCUUCUACAAAAUCAAGGCCAUGACGGUGCCCACGGCGGUGUGGACGGGUGGACAGGACUGGCUGGCCGACCCCAAGGACGUCGCGAUGCUGCUCACCCAGAUCACAAACCUGGUCUACCACAAAAACAUUCCAGAGUGGGAACAUUUGGAUUUCAUCUGGGGCCUCGAUGCACCUUACCGCAUGUAUAACGAGAUAAUUAACAUGAUUAGGAAGUAUCUCUAAACCGGCUUAGUAUUUCAGAGCAUUAGUUCACCAGGAAUUAAUCUUUUUGGAACACCUGCUUUUCCUGGCCAUAACGCUACCUUGCUUAUUUAUGAUGCAUUUUUAAAAUGCCAGCAGUGACUACUGAAUCAGAUUCAAUGUUUGGUGGGGUUUUUCUCAGUAUUAUUUCUCACUCCUGCAGCAAUCCUCAGUGGAUUCCCUGUGGAUUUUGCACCCCGUGGGGGGGUACUCAGAACCCAGCAGCGUGGCAUGUCGUGGGCACAGAGACUUCCUGACGUGUCUGAAAGACAAGGGGGUCCCUUCAGUGCCCCAGGUGCUUGGCAAUUAAACCAGACAGUAUUUUUGCUGUGCGUAAACCCCUGUGGUUUCUGAGUACCUGUGGGAAGUGCCCCUCGGCCCGCACUCACCCCUUCGGUGCUGGUACUUUAAAAAGCACUUAGUGGCUUUUUGCUGCCUUGUUGUUAUUUUAGCCAUUAGUCCAAGCUGGCUUUCUUCGGAUGACUCCCUCUUUCAAUGCUGCCCAGGAGAGCUGUGGUGAAGCCAGAGAAGGUCACCGCUGUCGGUUGAAAUCUCCGAUGUUGGGACUGAUUCAUCCCUGUGUAUUUUUUGAUUCAACGGUGUCCCUGGAGCCUUCUGUGUUUCACGCCCCAGCUGUGGAUGAGGGUUGUUAUUUGCCCUCGUGGAUUCCUGGAACAGGAGGAGCUCUUCAAAGAAACACCCCUUUCAGGUGGCUUUGUCAGUAGCUUAUGGCUUUCGAGGAGAAUGAUGUCACGGACUCGUGUUUUGUUUCCUUUGCACUGACCAGUAAGGAACGAGCUGCCCCAGUAAACCACUGGCGGGGGAAGAGCCAAAGUGUUAAUUCUAGAGCUUGAGUGAUUUAAUUCCUGUGGGCUUUUCCCCUUAAUCACCUGCUGCUUUGGAGCUCUGUUGACUUUUUAGCUGCUUUUACGGUGCUUGUCACCGUCAUGUUGGGGAGCCCUGGUGGGGCCUGGCAGUAUUAACCACAGUUCCUGUUUCUCUCACUUUUCACACCAAAAUGGGGCUAAACCCUGAUGUAAUGGGGGAGAGGGUUUGCUCUGGGGGCUGUAAUGGUCUGUGGUGCCUUGCUCUCCCCACUGAGCGUGCGGAGGGUUUUGGCUGCUCUGGGUUGCAGAGAAGUGCCAAAUGCAGGAGCCCUCUCCAGGGCUGGGUGCCUCAGGCCAGGACAUGGUUUCUGUCCCGUGCUUGCUGCAUUCCACCCAGGCUUCUGGCUGUAAUUCCAGCAGGAUAAGAAGCCUUUUCUACACGGCAUAGAAAAUAGCGGGUUUUAAACUGCGGCAAGCUUACUUUUUGGAAAAAAAACAAAAUUAAAAAAAAAUGGCAAAAAGAUGCAUAAGCCAUAAAUGAGGGGUAGUUUGUUUUUUAUUCCUAAUUCAGACUCAGGGAAUCCUCAGGCUUUAAGGAAAAAGGUUGAUGAUAUUUCAGCGAGGACUCCGGGCAGGACCUAGGUUUGCUUUAUGCCUGUAGCAGCCGCCUGUGCCUCCCCUUGCUGUGCCAGAAGGGAAUUCCUUGGGAAUCCAAAGAGGCUCCCUGGGGUGGCGAGGGGCUGGGAGGCAGCAGGGGCCACCUGUGGUGUCUGUGUUAAGCUUGGGAUAUUGCAAUAAAGGUGGGAUGAGCUGGGA